CACACAUCUCAGUCCAGCACAGCUGAAGAGGAAGAUGGAGGUCACUGCUCGAUGUUGUGCUGUGUUGUUCGUCCUGCUUCUAUCUCAGGAACUGAUCACUGUCCACUCCCAGGGGGAGGAGGACGCCCAGGUAGGGGCGAUUGUCCAAGAUGAAGACCAGGACCAGGACCAGGAGAUCGAGAACUGGACGGAGAGCAUCAAAACCUGCACCUGUGACUGUGAAUCUGCUGAUUCACCGACUCGUACACCUGCUGUCAUCCCACUUGUCCUGUCGAACUCGCUGCCACCUCAGGAUCACCCGAUGAACUGCAUGCCAGAGUGUCCUUACCACAGAGCACUCGGCUUUGAAUCUGGAUCCGUGACACCAGACCAGAUCAACUGCUCCAACGAGGACCAGUACACCGGCUGGUACUCCUCAUGGAUCCCCAACAGGGCUCGCCUUAACAACCAAGGCUUUGGGUGUGCGUGGCUCUCCAAGUUUAACGACCAGUUUCAGUGGAUCCAGAUCGACUUGAAGGAGGUGGGUGUGGUGUCUGGCAUCCUCUCUCAGGGCCGCUGUGACGCUGAUGAGUGGAUUACUAAAUACAGCAUCCAGUAUCGCAGCGUGGAAACCCUCAACUGGGUCUAUUACAAAGACCAGACAGGAAACAACAGGGUCUUUUACGGGAACUCUGACCGCUCCUCCACGGUACAGAACCUGCUGCGCCCACCCAUCGUGGCCCGUUACAUCCGCCUGCUGCCGCUGGGCUGGCACACCCGCAUCGCCAUGAGGAUGGAGCUGCUGAUGUGCAUGAAUAAAUGUAGCUGAAGUGAGCUCGGCCUGCUUUUUCCUCGCUUCCCCUGCCAACAUGCUGUUUGCCAAAAGGGGGACUGAAAGAUCCAUCGUGUAACCUUUGACAUGUCUUUCUUUGGUGACGCUCAAUGCAAACUAAGUCUGGGCAGGUGGACAUGUUUGGUGUCCUUGUAUCUGUCUUAAAGUCUGUAUAAAUUAAAUGUUUAAAUAUGUAAAUAAAAAAACUGGACACCUUCCUCUUUAUCUUUAAUAAAGCUACAGGAGUAAAGUACUUUCUUUGGAU